AUGGAGUGCCAGAGGUGCCCUGCAUCUGCCAGAAAUCCAGCGACAGUUGAGUCUAGAAAGGAAAAGUUUUGCGAUGAAUGUUUCAUCAAGUUUGUUAGUACUAAACAAAGGAAACAAAUGAUGAAGGAUGAAUAUUUCAGGAACCUAUUUAAAGUUAUAUACCCAUUUGAAAAAGAAGGAUCCGUCUCUAAGAUUCUGCUCCCCUUAUCACAUUCUGAUUCAGGAUCUCUGGUUAUGUUAGAUAUUGUGCACGACUUGCUAUUGGAACAAACUAAGCAACACAAUAAUCGUACAGGCUUUACCGUCGAUGUACUCACGGUAUUCACCGAGGAAAAUGUUUCUGUUAUCAAAGAACGUAUGGAAUCCUUGAUUAAUGAAAAAAUGUCACAACUGAAUAAAAUAUCCAACAUAUUUAAUGUCCAUUUUAUUGAUGUUAACGAAUUUUUCAACAAUGCAUCGGAAGUAUCGACUUUUAUCAUUGACAAUGAAAAUUUUGAGAUUUUCAGCAAGUCAAAGUCAGUAGAUGAUAGCAAUAUAUUAACAUUAAAAGAAAUAUUAGGCAAAUACUGUCUCAAUAAUUCAUCCAGGUCUGAUUUAAUAUCGAUUAUAAAAACUCAAUUGAUCAAGCAUUUUGCAUACGAAAAUGGUUAUAAUGCCAUAAUGUGGGGACAUUCCAUGACAAAGCUAUCUGAAGUAAUUAUUUCUCUUGUGGUAAAAGGUAAAGGUUCUCAAAUAGCGACGUUUCUAGACUCGGAAUCAUUUGAUACUUUGAAUAAUAAACCAUGUAAGUAUAAAAACCUAUAUCCUAUGAAAGAUCUAUUAUCCGUCGAGAUUGAAAGUUUUUUACAAAUCAGAAAUCUGGCACAGUUCCUCAUUAACGUUGAAGAAACUAAUGUGAAGCCUAAUUGCUUGAUCGCCAGAAAAUCACUGCCGUCACUUGGUCAACAAAAAUUGGUAAAAAAUAUGACAAUCAACGAAAUUACCAACAAAUACUUUCAGGAUAUUCAGAACGAUUAUUCAAAUAUAAUAUCGACAGUUUUAAGAACCGCAGAUAAAUUGACGCAACCUAAAUCAAGUAUGGCUAAGCCGUCACAAUGUCAAAUAUGUCAAUCUAAAAUAUACACAAAUCCAUCCAAUUGGUUAAAUAGGAUCACAGUUACUUCGCCUUAUCCUGUGGAGACCACUGAAGAAAAGUAUUUAUUUAAACAGUGGCAAGAUUCAAAAUUAGGGCAAUCUCACACACAUUAUGUUGAAUUGUUGAAUGAAAUCAAACAGGGUGCCAGUAAUAGCCUCGAUGUUGAAGACGGUGAUGUCAAAUUGUGUUAUGGUUGUUUAAUCUUAUUGAAUACCAGUAUCAAGGAUAAGAAUUUGGUUUGGCCAAAAGUCGAUACCAUGGAUAUUACGGCAAAUGCGACCAAUAAAAACAAAGAAUUGAGCCAAAUAUUGGAUCAGUUCGAGAUUAAUUCCGAUGGGGAGGAAUAA